AUCACUUCCCCAGCACCCCAAAACUAGCAAAAGGAGGAGUACAGUUCAGCGCAUAGCAAGAAAGCCAUUAAUGGAGAGAGUUCAAAUCAAGCCGUUCAUUGCUUUGGCUAUGAUACUGGUUAUAGCCAUAGCAAAUAAUGGGGUAGUUCAGGUUUGUAAUGCCCAAUCCGUAUGCAACGUCCCCAUUUCUGGCCUAAUGGCCUGCAAACCUGCCGUCACUCCUCCCAAUCCCUCUGCGCCAACCAGCGCCUGUUGCUCAGCUCUCACUCACGCUGACAUGCGCUGCCUUUGCUCCUACAAGAACUCUAACGUGCUUCCUUCCCUUGGAAUUGAUCCAAACCUUGCCUUGCAGCUUCCUCCAAAGUGCAAGCUUCCUCGCCCCAACUGCUAGAGGUUUAUUAUCGAGAUAAACCAGCAAAGAAAGUAACAAAAAAGAAUAUAUAUAGAUUUUAAAGAAAAGAGAGAUGUAUAAAAAUCUUUCUUUCUUAGCUUUUUAUAGUAUUAAUAAAUGUACUUGAUUUCUAUUAUUGUUGUGGUUUUUGUCUUUCGUUUGAUGUAUGAGCUAGGAUUCUAUCCAAAUAUAUAUUGUGACAAUCUUUAAAACGUUUAUGUUACUGGGUGCUUUUUAGUUA